AUGCGCGGUCUGCGAGAACGGCAGCUUUUGCAGCCGAACCCCUUCGAGGUCCAAGGGCAGCGUAUCUGUGCCCGCUACGGUGAGCGUGUAUCUCCAGACCCGCGGGUGCUCCACCAUGGACUGGCAUCCGUGCGGCUAGCGAGUAUCGUCACGGAUGCCUGCAAUUGCAUUAUGUUCCUCGUCCUUCUCCCUCCUUCUACCAACAGCGCGCUGGCAGUGUCAGCGCUCACAGUCGUCGCCGUGCUCGAGCUCGAAGCACCAGCACGGUGUUCUUGGGGCGCCCGUCUCUGCGAGAAUUGGGCGCUCAUUGCGAGGUGCGUGCGUAAUUACGGCCCGCGCCACGUGUCCGCACGUGGUCUCCUGAAUCAGACACUCGCGUGA